CCUUUGCCCAAAAUGAAUAUGCGGCCCAAGCCUACUAACUGAAGUUCCACGCUUGACACUUCCUAGUUCCCACCUGCGAACUAACGAAGCGGAAGCGACGAAGACAUGAAGCCCUCAAGAGUCUGCCCGGCCAUCGUCGACUGUCCAGCUGCUCAACCGAUCUGCGCCGCCUUCCAGGGUCCUGCUUUGGCCGUCGGCAUCCGUGCGAGGCUGUGACCUGCGUUGGCGCUUUGCUGCCUCCUGGCCUGCACAGCGGCACUCCAGUGUCGCCUCCAGCCUCUAGUUCUCCUCUAGUUCUCUUCGACUGACCGACUCUCCCAAUCCAGCCUGCCUCCAGCCCUCCAGGAGUGCAGCUGUCCAGUUGCUGUCGAGUGGGGACUGCGGAUUCACAAGUCCCAUGUAUCGUUUCAGGGGACUGUUACUGUGUGUCGAUUCACAAGUAUAGUUUGAGAGAAGGGGACUAAAGUUAAAAUAUGGAGUACAGUUACAUGAAUUACAUGUGGUAGUGGUGCUGCCAGCCGGGAAUUAAAUUUUUCACUAUUUGAGCAUGCAAGAGUGAAUCAGAAGUAUCUCCAUAAUCAGAAAGUUGACAGUUAUUUAGAUAUGAGUGAACAGCACACCAAGGUUAAACGUGAGAUCCUAGCAUGGAUUGGAAGGGGGCUGAUAGAUCGUUAGUCUUGGACCCUAAAUUGAACUAUUUAUGUUAUUGUAGAUCUCUUCUGCAAAUCUUGAGCGAUCAUCAUCCCUGUUUUGAAGUAUGAAUAUUUUCAAACAGUUGGUGCCAAUACCAUUUUCUUUAAGAUGCGCUACGAAGCCUUGUAUUGUGACCGGCCGUUCUCUUUUUCAUUCACCUUCCCAAAGCAUUGUGGAAGUUCAUUCUCAAGAACAUGAAGUAGUUAUUGCUCUGGGAAGCAAUAUGGGGGAUAGACUUCAUAAUUUUGAUGAAGCCUUGGACCGAAUGAGAAAAUCGGGGAUCCAAAUUACCAGACAUGGUUGCUUGUACGAGACCCUUCCAGCUUACGUCACCAAUCAACCCCAGUUUCUCAAUUCUGCCAUUAGAGCACUUACAAAACUCAAGCCUUUUGAGCUCUUACAGGUUCUCAAGAAGAUUGAGAAAGAUAUUGGACGUACGGACGGGAUCCGAUAUGGUCCAAGACCAAUUGAUUUGGAUAUAUUGUUUUACGGGAAGUUCAAGAUACAUUCUGAGUCCCUUGUUAUCCCACAUGAAAGAAUUUGGGAGAGACCGUUUGUUGUUGGACCGUUGAUUGAUCUUCUCGGGUCUGAUAUCGAAAAUGACACUGUAGCAUGCUGGCAUUCAUUUUCUGGUAGGGGGCUUUUUGAGUUGUGGGAAAAGCUAGACGGGAAAGAUGAUAUGAAACGGGUGUUGCCUGUCGGUGACCGUUUGUGGGACUGGUCAUCGAAAACAUCUGUAAUGGGUAUACUUAAUUUGACCCCGGAUAGUUUUAGUGAUGGGGGGAAGUACUUUUCUGUUGAUUCUGCAGUUACACAAGCCCGUGCAAUGCUUGUGGAAGGUGCAGAUAUACUAGAUCUCGGGGCACAGUCCACCCGCCCAAUGGCUUCUAAAAUUUCUCCAGAAGAAGAACUAGGUAGACUGAUGCCGGUUGUUGAGGCGGUUAAAAAAAUGCCCGAGGCUGAAGGGAAGCUCAUAUCCGUGGAUACUUUUUAUUCGCAAGUCGCCUUAGAAGCCAUUAAUAAUGGAGCACACAUUGUGAAUGACAUAUCGAGUGGUUGUAUGGAUUCCAAUAUGCAUAGUGUCGUUGCAGGCCUCAAAGUGCCUUAUAUUGCCCUUCACACUAGAGGCUGCCCAUCUACGAUGCAGAAUGCUGAGAAUCUACAGUAUGAUGAUGUGUGUAAAGAAGUUGGGCAUGAGUUGUAUGAACGUGUUCGGGAUGCUGAGUUGGCAGGAAUUCCAGCUUGGAGGGUCAUUGUGGACCCAGGGGUUGGGUUCUCAAAGAACACUAAACAGAACCUUGAUCUUCUCGUGGGUUUGGGAAGUGUUAGAACCGAGAUGAGGAAGAGAAGUUUGGCUGUGUCACACUCCCCCCUGUUGGCUGGACCUUCAAGGAAAAGAUUCUUGGGUGAAGUAUGUGAUCGUCCGGUAGCGGUUGAGCGGGACUCGGCAACUGUUGCUGCUGUCUCUGCUGCUGUUCUGAAUGGCGCCAAUAUUGUAAGAGUGCAUAAUGUUAGAGAUAAUUUGGAUGCUGUAAGGCUAUGUGAUGCAAUGCUUGGUAGGAGGGAUACGAUUUAUUAGAAAGAUGUUAGAAGCUUAUCCAACUUCAUAGAACUAUUUCUGGUAACAUAUCCCACUUUUGCAUUUGCAUAAGCUUUUUUAUAAAUGAUUCUACUCUUUAGAAAUUUCGAAAUGUUUUCGUGAAAUUCGUGAGAUUUUUUUUGGAUCUUAAAUCAUUUUUUAAAGCGUUGUACUAAAUCUGUGAUUAAGAUAAUAUACUCUAGCAAUACAGCCUUGUUUCCAAUAGAA